AUGCCCAUCUGGGAACAUGAUCCCCUCAAGCCCAAGCUGGACAUUCUCAGGGUAACUUCCUGUCCCCCUUCCUCUGCCACUCAGGCCUCGAGGCUUAAGGGGGCCAGCGUGGGCACACCUGGGUGUGUGGAGGAAAGCGACGUGUCGGAAGACCUGGCAGAGAUGAAGGGCCAUGGUGCUAAAGCAGCCAGGGUUAAGAUAACUGAACCCGGGGAGUGCGGAGCAAGCCACGUGUGGAAGCUUCCCCGUACAGAGCCGAGAGAGAAAAGCCCGGGCGGGGUAAGCGGGAGGGAACAGGAUGAGCGCGCAUGCUCAGUGUCCCCAGUCUUCGGCCUCUCGCCCCGCCCCUUCCACGUGCGUCGGCCGCGCCUGCGCAGUGCCCCCCCGGCCCGCCGGCAGUGCUUGCCCUCGAGUCGCCUCGGGAGCUUCGGGGUCCGCGGGCGGCGGGCGGAACGAGCCCCGGUGUUCGGUGAGGGCCGGCAGGGAGGGCCGGCACGAGGCUGCGGCGGCGCCCCCCCUACCCCGCCCAUCCCCUUCCCGCGGAGCGCCGGCGCCGCCAUGGGCCUGCAUUCCAACCUGUCGGUGCGAGCGGACUGCAUUGCAGCUGUGGCACUGGCUGCUGGGACUGCUGUGGUGGGCUAUCUAGCUUACAAAAGGUUUUUGGUGAAAGAAAAACGCUACAGGUCCAUGGUCAACCUCACCAUCCAGAAAGACAACCCCAAGGUUGUCCACGCAUUUGACAUGGAAGACUUAGGAGAGAAAGCUGUGUACUGCCGCUGCUGGAGGUCCAAGAAGUUCCCAUUCUGUGAUGGUGCCCACACAAAGCACAAUGAAGAGACCGGUGACAACGUGGGACCACUGAUCAUCAAGAAAAAAGAGGCAUAAUCGAUGGACAGUGUAGACUGAUUUAUCCUAAUGUUGCUGAUUGUUUUACAAGGAAUUAGAUUACUUCUGUCCAAUUUCCUUUCCCCGGGUUCUCAGUGUGGUCUCUCUUGUAAGCUAAGGCUUUCAUCUCUGUGCCCUCUGCCUUACUACUUGUCCAAACGCCGUGGAUACGCUCACUAUAAAGAAUCUUCCUGUCCUGUGGGUUGUUCUUCUGUCUUGUAGGGAUUGUGUUCAUUGGUUUCUUCAAAUUUCAAAUAAUGGCAGGAUAUCCUUGGAUCUGUAUGUUGAUGUUAAUAUAUUAAAUUAUUUUCAAAAUCAUGUAUAUGCAAAUUGUAAUUGCAUGCCACAAGCAGAUUCAUCACAAAGCCCCUUCCAAAAAGAGGACAGUUUCUUUGUUUAAAACUAUGAAGGCCUGGGGGCAGCUAGGUGGUACAGUGGAUAAAGCACCAGCCCUGGAGUCAGGAGUACCUGAGUUCAAAUCAAGGCCUCAGACACUUGACACAUACUAGCUGUGUGACCCCGGGCAAGUCACUUAACCCCCAUUGCCCUGCAAAACAAAACUAAACAAAACAAAAACCUAUGAAGGCCUGACCUGGCUGGUUGAGAAUUUGGCUUUUCAUUUAGCACACAAUAGAUGAGGAAAUAGGAUAUUUGAAAUGUAUUUGCAGAGUUUAUGAUCUAAAGGAAACCUCUAUUUUGGAGAGUUAAGUCAGUUAUAAAUUUUAUUAAUGUUUACACAUAAAUUUGACUGUCAUCAGGAAAUGGAGAGAUACAUUUGGAGGGGCUUUUGGGAGUGAUUUAGUUCAUGUUCUUGUUGUCUUCAUCUCUUACAAAUACUUCAAUUAUGUAUUUGGGAGACAAAAACCAAACCUGGAAAUGUUUAUCCAAGAGCCAUUAGAUGCAAAAUAGUUGAGCAAGCUUUACCCACAAUCCAAUGUUGAAAACUAGUCAGGGUGGGCAGAUGGACUAGAAAGGGAAGACAUUAUUUAGUCUUUAGUCUAACACACUUCCAUGUUGGAAAGAGUGGUUAGUGCAGAACAAUUGAAAGGUCCUUGCCACCAGCAAUGGGGGGAGCAGGCAUGGUUAGGGGGAGUUUGAUUUGCUUUCCUGUCGCUCAGUGACACCCACCCCAUUAGAACCCUCCUUUGUAAUACGCAGGUAGUCAGGUCAAACAAGUCAGUAAAUUUGCUGUGGGUGACAAUGUUUGCCUCAUCCCAUCCCUGUAGUCCACCCCUACUCUGCCAAGAGGUGGGAGGCAUGCUUCACAUGUGGCUAAUGUUAAGGAAAUUUAUUUGAAGAGGAAAAUAGGAAUUAAAUCAUAUUCUUCUAAA